GUUGGCUGGGCGUACAAAAACCCGGAGAGUCGCUGGGCGUGCCCAGCCCUGCCAGUUCACAAGCCUGGAAAAGAGAAUGAGUGGCGACAAACAAUUGAUUUCCGUCGCGCGUCCGAGUCAUUUCAACGACUUGAGGGUACCGUAAGUUACUUUAAUUUAAUGUGGAGGGCCCAAGCUUACCAUUGUAUCCGAAGCGCUUCGGCAGCGGCUCCGCGAGGUGGAAAGGGUGCCUCUUCCUUUUAA